AAUGAUGUGCUCACGUUAUUCAACCUUCGACUACCCACAAGUUCAUGUGCUCAGGUUGACUCUGAUAAGACUUCCGCUGUCUUACUAGUCUACCAUUCCAGCAAAGAUCCUUGGUUAAGUACUCGUGUUAGCAGAUUCUAUACUUAGUCUUCUGCAACACAUUGGACAAGUUAUUUCAUGGUAUGAGAGCUAUCUGGAAUUAAGACUACUGUCAACAAUGACUGGUUCAUCACUAGCACCGUCUGCCGGAUCAACUUCCGGAACUACUGGAGUACAUGUCUCUACGACCGCCACUUGUCUCUCAGCCUCUGGGCCGUUUCCACCAGCCUAUGCUCAUAUCGGUAUGCAACAGCAAAAUCCGCCUUCUGUUAACACUCCAUGUGUUUCUUCGACUGCACCUGCAGCGCAACAACAACAAUCGCAGACAACAGCACAGCAACAAGCGUCAGUACAGCCACCAGUUUCAACGCAAUCAACAUCGUCAGCGUUCAGUGGAAUGAGCCUUGACGGCUCAAGUUAUAUGCGUGGAGUCACAGCUCCAAGUACUAGUUCGUUCACUUUCUUACCUUCUGGACAACAGCCGCAGUCGCAGCAGUUUCAGCAUCCUUUCUAUAUUUUCGGUCGUUCCCCUGCUCAGCAACAACAACUCCAGCAGUAUCAACAACAGCAACCGAAGCAACAGCAACAACAGCAACAGCCGGGUGUUAUUUUUCAGCCUCCAAUUUUACUUAACAGCACACAGAUAAAAACCACUAUACCUUUUAACGGAGUCGACUUCUACUCAUGGAGCUUUGAGUUUGAGCUUUUGGCGCAGUCUGCUGGGCUAUGGCCGUUCUUCACUGGCAAGUUCACGUAUCCUGUCGUGGGAACACAACUGGAGCAGCAGAGUUUCUUGCAUGCAUCUCUCGAGGCUUAUACAGUUCUUGUUCGGAACUUGUCGCCGAAGGAGCAACUCGGCGUCCGAUAAUUUCACUCAAGCUUUACACCAGCCGAAACUGCUUGGAAUCAUCUGAAGGGGGUAUACAUGACAAAGGAUACAAUAAUAGUGAGUAAAAUACUUUUGCAGCUGACAAGUGUGCAGAUGAUGACAAACGAAAACGUCAUGGACUACGUUAAUCGCGUCCGUACACUACGAGAUCAACUGGAGAAGAGUAGAGGAUACUUCCCUCGUGAGAUGUAUCUCACGGUCCUUCUUGCUGGCCUUGGACCCGAAUGGCGACACACGCGCGCCAUCUUGCGCAUGAAUCACAACCUCUCCGAAGCUGAAAUUUCGUCGUAUCUUCAAGCGGAACAACAAGAUCUUGACCUGCAGUCACAACGCAACAAACAGGGGGAUAUACAACCCAGUUUCUAUUCAACACCAACUCGACGUCCUCGAUUCUUCUGUCAGAUUUGCAACAAGGGAGGACAUUCUACUGACCGAUGCUAUUUUAAGAAGAGGUAUUUACCUCCUGAGGAACAGCAGCAGUCGAAAUCAUCACGGCAACUACGUCAGCCUUCGAAGCAGUUCUUUCAGCAACAUGCGCCUCCAAAAGCAGCAUCUGCAACAUCAACACCACCAGCGACACUCAGUUCUGCCCCUCCAAGCAACUCAUCAAAGCCGACAGCAAAUAAUUCAACCUCUGCCAACAAAACAGUAACGUCAAAAAUUUUCUUACCAACUUCAAACACUCACAUGGCUGGUUGCAGUACAGGUACAGAUACUUGGUACUUGGAUAGUUGUUGUGGCCAUCAUAUGGUCUCUUCAACCAAUCCUUUCAUCUACAACCGUCGUCGAGUUCUUCAACCCUACCCAAUCACACUCGCCAACGGUCAAACAAUUUCAGCAGAAAAUAUCGGCAGUCUACUUUUGACAUUUGUCGAUACGAGAAAGUCUUUAUGCGUUACCAGCGUUUUACUCGUCGACAAUCUUGGCUUCAAUUUAGUGUCAACUCUUCAACUCUUAAAGAAGAAAAUCCGCACGGUCGAAAACUGCACGACACAAGAGCAAGAGUUAAUACAUGAUGUGGACAACACGUACAUUGGAAGAGCAGAAACCAAGAAUGGCGUAUUCGUCUUACGCUUCAAUGCAGCAAAAUCUUAUGAAGAUGCCGCUCUUCUUCAAGCUCCAUCCAUCAUCGCAGCCGCCGCUUUGGUAACCGUUCCACCGAUUGAACUCGGUAGCAGCGAAGAAGAAAAUCUGAGGAGCAGCACUACCGACAUCCUUGCCGACACACCUGCCGUUAAUAUCAAAGAAUAUAUUAGUCAAGAAUACGAGGAAAAUCUGCAAAUCGCUCCUGAAAAUUUCUUCGACACUACAACUACUCUUGAGAAGACUUCUGACAAUUAUUCAACUACCAAUCUUCAAGAGAAAGGUUAUGCACUCUCAAGGUUUUUCCUACCUUCAUAUUUCAUACCAUUACUCCUUGCUUGGCUGGCCAUAGCAGCAAGCGAGCUCAGUACCCCGCUGCAGACUUUCCUUUACUACAGAGAAGCCACUUACCACACUACGACCUCCAACGACUACGAGCAAGGCAUCGGCAUCACUCGUCAUCAAACCCUUCAUCAUCGCGUUCAAGAAUGCAACGGAGCAGAAGGGUUGAACAGUACCCUACACGAUCUACGUGAGCAGCUUCAUGCACUGCUGACUCAACGAAUUUCUCUGCCCAAAACUGCACCAUCAGAUCUGACUGUCACUUUACGGUUCUUUCUCAAGCCUCCGAAUGAUUUCGCGGCUCCUCUCCACCACGUGCAACACUUUCAUGGUUUUACAUUCGUUCCCUUCGGCCUUGCCACGUUCAUUGGCGCAACCCCAACCAAUUUCAAACCGACUCAUUUUUACUCUGCCGAAGUGAGGGGGGGAAGGAGGAUCUCUUAGAACUGAAUGAAUUGUUGAGUAGAGA